CCUCGAAUCUGGCUGCCCUGCCUUCGCUGACCAACACAACAGAGGAAUUGGGGUCACCCACAGAGCUCCCCAUCCUGGAUCCUGACAGGGAAAAGCUGCCCACAGGCAGCCUGGAUAUUGCCACCAACUGAUGUUACUGAGCGUGCCUAGGACAUCAGAAGGAUCCCUCUAGCACUACUGGUUCUGGGGGCUGCUCAGCCCUGCCAUCCCAUGGCGUAUGAAGUGGAGGGAGAUACACUGCUGGAUCUCAGCUUCCUUACCGAGGAGGAACAGGAUGCCAUCGCCAAUGUCCUGAGCAGGGAUGCCCGUCUGCGCCAGCUGGAGGAGGGAAGGGUCAGCAAGCUUCGAGCAUCACUGGUGGAUCCUGGGCAGCUAAAGACCCUGACAGGCGAUUGGUUCAGAGAUGCCCGCUCCCAGCGGCACCGCCAUGCCCGCCUGGGCUCUGACCUUGUUCGAGCCUCCAUCCGCCGGAAGAAGAGGUCCAGGGGUGAGCCAGAGCUGGGGAGUGAAGGAGAGCCUGAGGAGGAGGAGGUGGGCUCCAGUCUCAGGCUCUCCUUGGAGGUGCCCACCCCAGAAAGGGGCAGUGAAGCUGAGCCUUCCUCUUCUCUGUCCUUCCAGGUUCCAGCCCCAGUUCCAACUGAGGAAGAGCCAGGCUCCCAGGCCCAGGCAGCUCCAGGUCCUGACCCCAGCUCCGGUGUAGACGGCUGGGAGAAGGAUGAAGUGGUGGUGGGAAAGGAGAAACAGGAAAAGGAGGAGGAAGCGAAGGAGGAGGCUAGAUCCAGAGAGGUCCAGGAAGCGGAGCCGGAGCCGGAGCUGGCGCCAAAACCUGAGCAGGAGGUGAAGGGGAAGGAGGAGGAGCCCAACCCUCCCCUGGUCCAGGGUGAGCCGGAUCUCCAAAGCCUGGAGAACGGGGAGGAGGAGCCCUUAGGUUCCCCAGGGCGAGGUUCUGCUCCCCGCUAUAGUCGCAUGCUGAGCAGUAGCUCCUCAGUGUCCAGCCUCAGCUCCUCCACGCUGAGCGGCAGCCAGCUGAGCCUGUACAGCGAGGGCGAGGCGGGCGCGGUGCCCGUGCGGGGCUCCAUCCAGUUCUCGCUGCUCUACCAGCCGGUCCCCGGGGAGCUGAGGGUGCAGGUGAUUCAGUGCCAGGGGCUGGCCCCGGCCCGGAAGCGCCGCUCGGACCCCUACGUGAAAAGCUACCUCCUCCCAGACAAGUCCCCGCAAAGCAAACGCAAGACCACGGUGAAGAAACGCAACUUGAACCCGGUGUUCAACGAGACCCUGCGGUACUCUGUGGAGCAGUCGGAGCUUGGCGGCCGCGUGCUCCACCUUUCCGUGUGGCACCACGAGAGCCUCGGCCGCAACCUUUUCCUGGGCGAGGUCGAGGUGCCCUUGGGCUCGUGGGACUGGGCUUCCCAGUCAGCCUGGCUGCCCCUGCAGCCCCGGGCCCCGCCUUCCCCGGACGGGCUCCUGAGCAGGGGGCAGCUGUCUUUAGCCCUCAAGUUCAUCCCAGCUGGAGCAGAAGGCGCGGGGCUCCCUCCCAGUGGAGAGUUGCACUUUUGGGUGAAGGAUGCACAGAACCUCAUCCCCUUUCGCUCGGGCCCCGUGGACUCUUACAUACAGUGCUCGGUGCUACCUGAUGACAGUCGAACCAGCCGCCAAAGGACAAGGGUGGUGCGCCGCAGCCUGAGCCCUGUCUUCAACCACACUAUGGUCUAUGAUGGCUUCGAGUCUGCUGACUUGCAUCAGGCCUGUGCGGAGCUGUCCCUUUGGGAUCACGGCACCCUGGGCAGUCGCCUGCUGGGGGGCACCCGCCUCAGCCUGGGCACCGGCAGCAGCUAUGGGCUUCAGGUGCCAUGGAUGGACUCCACCCCUGAGGAGAAGCACCUGUGGCAGAUGCUGUUGGCCCGGCCCUGCGAGUGGGUGGAUGGGCUCCUGCCUCUCAGAACCAAUCUCACACCCAGGACGUAGCUGUGCCAGUCCCUGCCAGGUGCUGGGGCAGGAGGGGAAUCGGACAGGGACA